AUGACCUCAGCAACGGCAACAACGGCAACAACAGCUAGAACAGCAUCUGCUUGUCCGCUAACGGACAACAAGUCCGGCUUUCGCUCGUUGUACAUUCACACGCACGACGUAUCAAGAUCGCUGAAACCAUCGGCCGAUGGAGAGCUCGCGCAUGCCAUUCACCAAACGCUCCACUUUGCUCUUGACGGUCAUCCGGAUGACUUCACUCCUUGCUUGCCCAAUUCGGGCAUAGGUAUGGGAUGCGGUUCGCUAGCCACUAUGCCCACUUCCGCAUCUUCCGAGACCGCCUCCGUUUCCAUCGCCAAUGGUCACUCGUCUUCUGCGGCUUGGGCAGUCAAGAAAGGCUUCUUCCCAACAGGCGAUCCAGAGCGUCCUUACAUCUCGUAUCAUUGGGUUCCCAGCACCGCAACGUUGGCUCUGCCAAAUCCUGCCACAAUCACAAACCCCAUCGCCGAUCCUUGCUCUCCUGACCACCGCAGCACGUACGACAUCACUGCGAAAUUCUUCUUCCUCGACCCUAGCGAUCUUUCACCCAGCUUGCUCGAUGACGCCCUCACACGGCUCACUUCCACCACCGGCAUCAUCACCGUUGAGACGCUCGUGCUUGCAUUUCCAUCGCUCGAUCUCGACUCGAGACCGCACAAGCAUUUCGAAUCUGGGCUCGAAUCGACGGCUUCGGACCAGCAGAACGGAGUGGAAGCCCCAGUUUGGCUAUCCUCUGUACGUGAUGUCUGGUCGCACGCAUCUCUAAACCCUCAGCUGCUCUCUCUCGGCGUCUCUGACAUUUCGUGUACCAAUCUUGAGCUGCUGCUAAAUUCGCUCUCUCCACCCUUGGAGCCACCAACGAUGCCCCUGUUCUCGCCAGCGAUCCCACUAUCAACCUCUUCUACUGAAGUUUCGGCUAGCACCUCGGAACCGCAGCUUGCGCACUCGGACGUCGCCACAUGCUCCACUUCUCAACAGAACGGCAUCGGCUCGUUCUGUAACAUGGAAUACUCUCUCGUCAGCAGUGCGCGCCGUCCACGUAUCGUUUCAAUCAACGUGAAAAAGGACCUAGGCUCUUUCGAUCGCUCCUUCCACCAAUACUGCAACAAGAUGGGCAUUCAACUCGUCGCUCAUUCCGACAGGAAAGACGUGCUGCCGCAAAGAACCUUGCCGGCGCUGAUGGAUGAAUUCAAGCAUAAAUUACCCAUCAAGUUGGACGCUGGAAAGCAAUUGAGGCCCAAGUGGGCGUUGAAGUACACUACACUCAUCAGGGAUAGAGGCGUUUUGGCUGAUAAGGGAUACAUUGUCUUUGUAUCGAGCGACUAA